UCGGAGGCCUAGCCGGCCAGGCCGGAACUCGCGCGCGCGGGGCGUGGUUUCCGGAGGGAGCGCCUUCCGGGUGGCUCCGGCGCGCUUCCGCCUCCUCCCGCAGCGGCGGCUCGCUUCCUUCCCGGUAACGGACUCGGCGGAGGCGCCGCCCGCGAUGGCCGCGGAGGCUUGAAGGGCCAGGAGGCGGCGGCGGCGGCGGAGGAGGAGGAGGCGGCGGGAUGGAUCCUGUCGGGCCCGGCGGGGGCGCCGGCGGGAAGCCGAGCCUGCAGAUGGUCUACCAGGCCGUGCAGGCGCUCUACCACGACCCGGACCCCAGCGGCAAGGAGCGCGCCAGCCUCUGGCUCGGGGAGCUGCAGCGCUCGGUCCACGCCUGGGAGAUCUCCGACCACUUGCUACAGAUCCAGCAGGACGUGGAGUCCUGCUACUUCGCAGCACAAACCAUGAAGAUGAAAAUCCAGACCUCAUUCUAUGAGCUCCCCACCGAUUCCCACGUCUCCCUCCGCGACUCCCUGCUUUCCCACAUCCAGAACUUAAAAGACAUGUCCCCCGUCAUUGUCACCCAGCUGGCGUUAGCCAUAGCAGACCUGGCCUUGCAGAUGGCCUCCUGGAAAGGCUGCGUACACACCUUGGUUGAAAAGUACAAUAACGACGUGACGUCCCUUCCCUUCCUGCUGGAGAUUCUGACGGUGCUCCCCGAAGAAGUUCACAGCCGGUCCUUGCGGAUCGGGGCCAACCGACGCACUGAGAUCAUCGAAGAUCUGGCCUUCUACUCCAGCACGGUGGUCUCCCUCCUGAUGACCUGUGUGGAGAAAGCCGGGAGCGACGAGAAGAUGCUCAUCAAGAUCUUCCGGUGCCUGGGAAGCUGGUUCAACCUGGGCGUUCUGGACAGCACCUUCAUGGCGAACAGCAAGUUGCUCUCCCUGCUUUUUGAGGUUCUGCAACAGGACAAGACGUCGUCCAACCUGCACGAAGCCGCAUCGGACUGCAUCUGCUCCGCCCUCUACGCCAUCGAGAACGUGGAGACCAACCUGCCCCUCGCCCUGCAGCUCUUCCAGGGCGUCCUGACACUGGAGACGGCGUACCACAUGGCCGUGGCCCGCGAGGACUUGGACAAAGUCCUCAAUUACUGUCGGAUCUUCACCGAACUCUGCGAGACCUUCCUGGACAAAAUCGUCUGCACCCCGGGCCAAGGUCUGGGGGACCUGCGGACUAUUGAGCUGCUCCUGAUCUGUGCGGGACAUCCCCAGUACGAGGUGGUCGAGAUAUCCUUCAACUUCUGGUACCGGCUGGGGGAGCACCUGUACAAGACGGACGAUGCCAUCAUUCACAGCAUCUUCAAGGCCUACAUUCAGCGGCUUCUUCACGCCCUCGCCCGCCACUGCCAGCUGGACCCCGACCACGAAGGAAUCCCUGAGGAAACAGAUGAUUUUGGGGAGUUCCGGAUGCGAGUCUCAGAUCUCGUCAAGGAUUUGAUCUUCCUGGUUGGCUCCGUAGAGUGCUUUGCCCAGCUUUACGCCACUUUGAAAGAAGGCAACCCGCCCUGGGAGGUGACGGAAGCCGUUCUGUUCAUCAUGGCCGCAAUAGCCAAGAGCGUUGACCAAGAGAACAACCCCACCCUGGUGGAAGUACUAGACGGAGUAGUGCGUCUCCCCGAAGCCGUGCACACAGCGGUCCGCUACACCAGCAUCGAGCUGGUGGGGGAGAUGAGCGAAGUGGUGGACAGGAACCCCCAUUUCCUGGAUCCUGUCCUGGGCUACCUGAUGAAGGGCUUGUGUGAGAAAGCUCUCGCCUCCAUCGCCGCCAAAGCCAUCCACAACAUUUGCUCCGUGUGCCGGGACCACAUGGCCCAGCACUUCACCGGCCUUCUGGAAAUCGCCCGUUCCCUGGACUCCUUCAUGCUCUCGCCCGAAGCAGCUGUUGGACUCUUGAAAGGGACGGCAUUGGUCCUCGCCAGGCUCCCUCUGGAGAAGAUCUCGGCAUGCCUCAGUGAACUCUGUGCCGUUCAAGUGAUGGCCUUGAAAAAGCUGCUGUCUCAGGAGCCGAGCAAUGGCCUCUCUUCUGACCCCACCGUGCCCCUCGACCGCCUUGCUGUUAUAUUUAGGCACACCAACCCCAUUGUAGAGAACGGACAGACACACCCCUGCCAAAAAGUCAUCCAAGAGAUUUGGCCGGUGCUCUCGGAAACCUUGAACAAACACCGGGCCGACAACCGCAUCGUGGAACGCUGCUGCCGGUGCCUGCGUUUUGCCGUCCGGUGUGUCGGCAAGGGAUCGGCAGCCCUUUUGCAGCCGCUGGUUACUCAGAUGGUGAACGUGUACCAGGAACACCAGCACUCCUGUUUCCUGUACCUGGGCAGCAUCCUGGUGGACGAGUACGGCAUGGAAGAGGGCUGCAGGCAGGGGCUGCUCGACAUGCUGCAGGCGCUGUGUGUCCCCACUUUCCGGCUGCUGGAACAACCCAACGGCCUCCAAAACCAUCCGGACACAGUGGAUGACCUCUUCCGGCUGGCCACCAGGUUCAUCCAACGCAGCCCCCUCACCCUCCUACGCAGCCAGGUGAUUCUCCCCAUCCUGCAGUGGGCCAUCGCCGCCACCACCUUGGAUCACCGGGACGCCAACUGCAGCGUCAUGAAAUUCCUGCGCGACCUCGUCCACACAGGCGUGGCCAACGAUCACGAGGACGACUUUGAGGCCCGCAAGGAGCUCAUCGGGCAGGUGAUGACCCAACUGGGCCAGCAGUUGGUGAGCCAGCUGUUGCAGACCAGCUGCUUCUGCCUGCCGCCUUACACCCUACCGGACGUGGCCGAGGUGCUCUGGGAGAUCAUGCAGGUCGACAGGCCGACGUUCUGCCGCUGGCUGGAGAACUCCCUGAAAGGGUUGCCGAAGGAGACCACGGGGGGAGCCGUUCAGGUGACCCACAAGCAGCUGACGGACUUCCACAAGCAAGUCACUAGUGCUGAGGAGUGCAAACAAGUUUGCUGGGCUUUGAGGGACUUUACCAGACUCUUCCGGUAGCUGAGGCCUCUUUCGCUCUGCCUGUCCCAGGAAUGUCUUAUUUUCAGAAGAGGAAAUAAAACAGCCAAGACGGUGAAACCACAACCAGCAAACUUCACUGCGGCCGAAGGCUCCGACUCGCUCCGGUGUGUCCCGCCAAUCCAGAAGAGACGUUUUUGCUGCAAGAACCAGUCGGUUGAAGUUCCUGCUUGUGAGUGAGAAAAGAGAAAAGGCAGAAAAACAAAAAACAAAAAAAACAAAAACCAACCACCAGGGGGAGGGAAAAAAAAUAAUAAUUAAAAAAAAAAAAAAAGAGAGAGGAAAUCCAAGCGCCAUUUAACCUGCGACUGUCGAGGGGCUGCCGUUGAGGGGGGGAAAAGGGAAGAACAGCUUUCUGGAUGGACUGGCUUUGGAAAACAAACGGAAACAAAAGGAAAAAAAAGAGA